UCUCUCUAUUUUUCUCACUACCUUUCAUACACUGACUGUCUUUCACUCCUUUUAUGCAUAUGAACAAAACAAACUCUGCAAAAGCCUCUCUGUUUCCUCUUUUCUUACUCUCUCCUUGGCCGACAAACCUGAAGAAGAGUCUAUUCUCCUCGCUCUCCUUAUUCAAAUCUUCACAUUGUCCCUCUGCUUCUCCCCAGAAGAUCCUCUAUAUGAACUAGGGUCUUUGCUUCUUCUUCUUCUCCAGUUUACUUACUUACUUGAAUCGAAUCAAUGGGUAGAGACUUUCUCCUUCUGAGUACUCUCAUUCUCCUCCUCUCCGGGUUUGUAUCCUCAGCUCCUUCAGCUAACUCUCCAGCAAAGAUUAUCAAUGGAUUCAUCUCAAAUCACGGCUCCUCACUCAUGAAAUGGAUAUGGUCACUCAAAACCACCUCCUCCAAAACAACAAUUGCGACGAGAUCGAUGGUGAAAUUCGAGGAUGGGUAUUCAGUGGAAACAGUCUUCGACGGAAGCAAACUCGGCAUCGAACCUUAUUCGGUUGAGGUCUUGCCUAACGGAGAGCUGCUUGUUCUUGAUUCUGAGAACAGUAACAUCUACAAGAUCUCUUCUUCUCUUUCCCUAUAUAGCAGGCCGAGACUGGUUACUGGCUCCCCUGAAGGAUACGCAGGUCACGUUGAUGGGAGACUACGUGACGCUAGGCUGAACCAUCCCAAGGGUCUUGCAGUUGAUGACAGAGGGAACAUAUAUGUAGCUGACACUGUGAAUAAUGCUAUACGGAAGAUUAGUGAAGGAGGAGUUACAACAAUCGCUGGAGGCAAAACGGCUAGAAACGGAGGACACGUGGAUGGACCAAGCGAAGAUGCAAAGUUCUCAAAUGACUUUGACGUUGUUUAUCUUGGAAGCAGCUGUUCCCUCCUCGUCAUUGACCGUGGAAACAAAGCCAUCAGAGAGAUUCAGCUUCAUUUCGACGACUGUGCUUACCAGUACGAAAGCGGGUUUCCUCUUGGCAUGGCUGUCCUCGUAGCUGCAGGCUUCUUUGGUUACAUGCUGGCUCUCUUGCAACGGCGAGUUGGUUCCAUCGUCUCUUCUCAAAACGUGAGUGUUUUAGAUCAAGAAACGUUCGAAGGGGAUGCUGAUCAAAAGCCUGUGAAGCCAUUCAGACCGUCUCUGAUUCCAAACGGAGAUGAACAGCUGCUAGAGAAGCAUGAUGAAAGCUUCCUGGCAUCACUGGGCAACUUAGCUUCAAACGCUUGGGUCACCGUUACAGAGAUGCUCAGAAAGAAGCAGCAGACAGCAACAAGCUUUGAGCAGUACCAAACAAAGCAGUCUUCUGCUGCGUUUAGCACAUCAACUCCGUGGCCGAUCCAAGAGAGCUUUGUGAUCCCAGAGGAAGAUGAACCUCCUCCUGUUGAGCAUAGGAACCAAACACCGAGAAAGACUUAUGCUUUUAUGUCCAAAGACGCUGAGAAAAUGCAGCAGCUGCGUCAGAGCCGUGCGUUCUACAGUAGCUGGGAAGCUGCUGAGUUCCCAAACCAGCAGCAACAACAGCAACAGCAGAAGCAGCAACAGAAGCAGCAGCAUCGAAGGCAUUACUCGUCGAUCCCACAUACUUACUAUGAGCAGAACAGUGAGAAGACUAAUGAGAUAGUCUUUGGGGCGGUCCAAGAAAAGAGCAGCAGGCGUGCGGCUAAGCCUAAGGAGUCUGGAGAUCAGAUAAAUAAUAAUAAUAAUAAUACUCAGCAGAAUCUUCAUUACAGAGCUCAUUCUGUUAGUUACCCAUAUGGAUACUAUCCAUAUACAUAAAAAGUCUUAUGAGUUUAUGGUAUUAUUGAAUAAGAUCAUGCAAGGAGAUUACAAAUUUUGGGUAUAGGUGGGGUGUUAAGAUUUAUUGUGAGAGAUUGGGAGAUUUGAAGUACUUAGAUGCUGCUCUGGUCUUGUAAGAAAAGUUGCAAACUUUUAUUGCAUUGAGUAAUAUAUAUAUAUAUAUAAAUGAUCUUUGUGGAA